CGAGCCUCUGUGUGACACGGUGUGAGACACACUGCAGGAUGCUCCUGGCCCACUGUGUGAUGCCGUGGGUUGUGUUGACGGUCCUCAGCCGGCCGGCGUGGAGCGCUGUGAAGGUCAUCCAGCCCUACAGAGUGGUGAGCGCCAACGGGGAGGCGCAGGUGAAGUGCCUGGUCCAACCGCGACCCUCCCACGACCUCACCCCGCCUUACCCUCACCCCGACCCCGAGGAGCUGCGCGUCACUCUGCUCAAAGGCCUCUACGGCGCCCGGGAGGCCUGCUCGUCCAUCCUCACCCUCACCGGGCAGAGGGAGCCGGCCGUGGAGCACCGGGGAGAGGUGCAGUGCUCGGCUCAGAUGACAGAGGGCGCCGUGGAGGUGACGGUGACCGGACUGAGGGCCGCGGACACGGAUUUGUACCGCUGCGACAUCGAGAUCUUCUUCCCGCCGCCGUACCGGCGGCUCACCGGCAACGGCACGCUGGUUCACGUCUUAGGCAGCUCCGACUGUCCCGUGCCGGCGGCUCAGGGACAGAUUGCACACCGGGGUGAUGAUGAGGAGGAGGAGGAGGAAGGUGAUGAGAGGUCGGCACCAGUCAGUGUUCCUGUGGUUGUACUGGUGAUACUGGUCCUGUUUGUACUCAUCAUCGUUAUCUACUUCCAGGCCCGACAGUGGGAACGAGGGCGGAGGGAGGCAGUCGGACCGGUACCUGCUGCUGCACUUCCAUGUUGACACUUUGCAUGAAACACCCACUGAGUAAACCCCC